CUGUCAAAAGAGCAGUGUAAUUCUUUCGUGUCUCUUAAAACCUUUCAUCCGAUAGUCACGUGGACAGCAUGUGUCUGACACAACCAGGAGCACGAGGUGAUCACAUGAUCAGAAGAAGUUGAUUGGAUAGAACGGGCGUGCCUUCGUUUCCACAGGCUGCCCGAUUGGUUGUUUGAGAAAGUGUGUCUAUGUGUUGUUUUAUCCCUUGCUAGGGAACACAUCCCAACAGCUGACUCGAGUGUGAUCGGUGAAUGGCUUUGUUCAUUACAUGUAUAGAAAGUUUCAAUUUUGACAAUGCAUAGUUUAACAUUAUCUCCGCCAUCUUCUCCCCAUCAAAAUUUUUCUGAAGAAAAAAUUAACUUGCAAAAUAUUCAUUUGGGACAAGUAGAUUUGGAUGCGGUAGAAACUUUAUUAUCCUUUAGUAGACAGGCUGUGAAUAAUAAUGGAUUGAAAUCAAAUGAAAAUGUGCCUACUCAUUCUGAAGAUGAAUUGGACGAAAUAGAAAGAAACAAAGAAAAAAACAAUUCCGAAUUAGAACGACUUCUUCUCAAUCAUACUCCACCCCCUACGCCUACGAAACAUCUGACGUCAAUGCCGGUUUCUGUUAUAAUGAAAGCACCGAGAAAAUCAAUAGUGCCACAGGGACCAGAGAAAAGUGAGGAAAAAAUCGAAGACGGUAGAAAUUCGGAAAAUCUGAGUGAAAGUUUAAGCUUUGCUAACACAAUAAGGGAACAGGCAAAUUUCGUAAUAUCCUCAAGUACUCAAACGAGUGAGGUGAUUAAUAACAAUCCGUCGACGGAGUCUGCAGUUUACGCAAACAAACCGAUAACAAUAGCUCCGAGACCCGCAACUAUUAUUCCACUGGUGCCUACUUUAGCCAAUUUUUCCACUUCGAACAGUGUUAAAUCUUCGUUAACGCCGGGUUCUACCUUUCUGUUUACUCCUAACUCGUUGGAGACGUUGUCGGCCACUACCGGUUCUUCGGUUGUUCAGUUAUUUGUUACCAGGCCAUCUCAAAUUCACGAGAUUUCUAAUCAGGUAUCCGCCACGUCAUCAUCUGUGAUAUUUGCAACCGAACUAAAUUCUUGUGAAAGUUCUGCAAGUACCAGGAAGAGAUCUUUCAGAUGUACUUAUCCCAACUGCCAGAAAACGUAUUAUAAAAAUUCUCAUCUCAAAGCACACCUUCGUAAACACACAGGAGAAAAACCUUUCGUUUGUACGUGGGAUAAUUGCAACAGGAAAUUUUCUAGAUCGGACGAAUUGUCACGUCAUAAAAGAACUCAUACGGGGGAAAAGAAAUUUAUCUGUUCAACAUGCGAAAGGAAAUUUAUGAGAAGCGAUCAUCUAGCAAAGCACAUUAAACGUCAUGCAACUAAUAAAAAAGAUUUCCUUUGGAAAGCUUCUCUUCAGCCAAAUAAACUGUUAGAACCAGUUAAUAUGCAACUUAAGGAAGACAUUUCUUCUAAAAAACAAUUCAUUUUUGUAAAAACGUAAAUUUUUUAUUUAAAAUUGAACGUUACAUUAAUUAUUUAUUAUCCUUUCAACUCCAUUGUGAUUGAGCGUUACGAAACAAAGAAUUUUGGUCCUCUCUACUUGAAUGUUGAAUAUUUUGAAAAAUUUGUAAAUAAUUUAUUAGUGUCGAUGUAAAUAUUCCCAUUAUCUUUAUUAAAUGAUUAUUAA